AUGGAGCUAAAGUCAAAGAAGAAGACUUAUAAGAGAAGGUGUCUCUGCUCUGUGGACCCACAAAAUGGAACAGGGAUCAUGGAAUUCCUCCUCCUGGGGCUCUCCGAUGACCCACAAGUCCAGCCUGUCCUCUUCUGCCUCUUCCUGUCCAUGUACCUGGUCACCAUCACAGGGAACCUGCUCAUCAUCCUGGCCAUCAGCUCUGACCCCCAACUUCAUUCCCCCAUGUACUUCUUCCUCUCCAUCCUGUCCACCGCUGACAUUGGCUUUACCUCCUCCACGGUGCCAAAAAUGAUUUGGGACAUCCACACUCAGAGCAGAACCAUUUCCCAUGCAGGCUGCCUGGUGCAGUUGUCAUUUUUUUAUGUCUUUGGUUGUUUGGACAAUGUCAUUCUAGCUGUGAUGGCUUAUGAUCGCUUUGUGGCCAUCUGCCACCCCCUGCACUAUCCCGUCAUCAUGAACCCCCGCCUCUGUAGCCGGCUGCUUCUGCUGUCUGUUUGCAUCAGUCUGAUGGAGUCCCAGCUACAUUGCCUGAUGAUAUCACAGCUCACCUUCUGCACCCACGUGGAAAUUCCUCAUUUCUUCUGUGACAUUCCUCAACUCCUCAGGCUGUCCUGUGGGGACACCUCCACUGAUAACCUAUUAAUGUAUUUUAUUGCUGCUAUUUUUGGGGGAGUGCCAGUCUCGGGGAUCCUGUACUCUUAUUCCAGAAUUGCGUCCUCUGUUCUGAGAGUCUCCUCCAUGGGUGGGAGGUCCAAAGCCUUCUCCACCUGUGGCUCUCACCUGUCCGUUGUUUGCUUAUUUUAUGGGACAGGCAUUGGGGUGUACCUCAGCUCUGCUGUCUCCCAGUCCCCCAGGAAGGGGGCAGUGUCUUCUGUGGUCUACACAACAAUUGUCCCCAUGCUGAACCCCUUCAUCUACAGCCUGAGAAACAAGGACAUCAAGAGGGCUUUCCAGAAGCUUCUCAGACAGUUGAUGUUACUUUUGGGGGCAUAUUCAGUACUCUACGAGUAG